UUCUGGUGUUUCCGUGUGUAGUAUUGUUACCUUGACUGAGUUGUGACUCGACUAAGUGCAGAUGUUUCAUUUUGAGCGUCAUUACACGCCAAUUGUCCGCUCCGCAUAAUUGCCACCAUGAAAUCGUCCCUUCUGCUUCUACUGUGCUGUGCUUUUUCAGAAGCACUGACGCUGGCUCAAGUGGACAAGGCUCCUGCAACUUUGACCCCUGCCAAAAAGUUUGUGACUGACCAAACCAGCAGCAUACCAAGUGUUUCACCUGCACCCUCCACCAAGGCUACACAGCCUGUUCCCUCCACCAACGCUACAACGCCUGUUCCCUCCACCAACGCUACAACGCCUGUGCCCUCCACCAAUGCUACAACCAAAGCUGCACCCUCCACCAACGCUACAACGCCUGUUCCCUCCACCAACGCUACAACGCCUGUGCCUUCCACCAACGCUACAACGCCUGUGCCUUCCACCAACACAACCACAACGCCGACAUCGCCUCCUUCUCCUCCCAAACCCACGCCGCCCGCCAACUUGAGCGUUGGGAACUACAGCCUGAUGAAGGACAAGGUGGUCUGCCUGAUGGCUCAAAUGGCGCUGCAGAUCCGCCUGAUGACACCAAACGCCAGCGGGACCUUUGUGGUUCAGCCCAAUAAGACCAAAGCAGUCGGGGAGUGUCAGGAGAACAAGGCUAACCUCACACUGGUCUUCCAGGAGGGUUUUAUCACCUUUAUGUUCAACAAGAGCUUGGCUGAAAACAAGGUCUAUGUGGAUGCUCUGUCUUUUGUCUUCUCCUACCCUUUCAGUACAGCCAACGGACAGUACGCCGCCAGCAACAAGUCGAUGAGAAGCUUUGCCGCAAAAAUCGGCCACUCGUACUCCUGCAAGAGCGAGUCACUCGACAUGGGGAAUGGACUGUAUUUGGAUGUCAAGCAAGACAGGAUGCAGGCCUUCAAUCUGACCAAGAGCAAUGAAUUUGGCACCACUGAUCCGUGUGCAGCCGACCAGCCAGAUUAUCGCGUGGCCAUUGGAGUAGGGGUCACGCUGCUGGUGCUUAUUGUGGUGGUAGUGGUGGUCUACCUGUUGGGCCGCAAGAGGAGGACCGAUGGCUACCAGUCGCUGUGAGGCCAGCCAUGCCCCAGGGGUGGCUGGGUGAGGCAGGGUGUGCUGUCAAGGGCACCAAAAUGCACAUUUUGCUCAAAAUGUGUUACUGGAAUCACAUUUGGUUCUUUUUUUUCCCACUGUUGACAUUUUGUUUUAGUAUUCUGUUUUAGUAUUCUGUUUUAAAGUGUUGUUUUUAUUAUGAGAAUUGUACUGAUGUACCCCUCAUACACUUGGAUAUAUGUUGCGUUUUUACUGUGAAUUAGCAAAAAGGGAUUUCUAAAGGGAUGCUACUGCAUGUGUUGAGAAUGACAUGUGAUGUACUGAUCAAUUAUAAUUGCACUAAUUAGGGUUACAGCCGAGGUUGUA